UCCAUACAACUUCCGGGGGUGCGAGCAUCGCGCAGGAGACCAGAACGUGCGUUCAUCACAUCGCUGUGUUUUCAGUUUUGAGGGGGAACUCAUCCCGACGAGGGAACCGAUUCCGACGGAAGACCGUCAACUUGUUGCACCCAGCAGAGAAACGCCCCCCACCAUUUACCUCCUCCUCUCCACUCUCGGUGUAAUUCAACUAAAGCUCUCACUGCUGACUGGGGAAGCGGACCGCUAACAUGGCUUCUAACCGGGUGAUCGUAUACGGAGGAAAAGGCGCUCUGGGCUCAAAGUGUGUCCAGUAUUUCAAAACCAAAGGAUGGUGGGUCGCUAGCAUCGACAUGGCUGCAAACGAGGAGGCGAAUGAAAAUGUGAUUGUGAAGUCGAGUGAAUCUUUCACCGAACAGGCAGGACAGGUGACGACAGCUGUGGCUCAGUUGCUAGGGGAACAGAAGGUGGAUGCCAUCUUGUGUGUGGCGGGCGGCUGGGCAGGAGGAAACUGUAGUUCCAAAGACUUGUACAAAAACGCAGAUUUGAUGUGGAAACAGAGUGUUUGGACCUCUACCAUCUCCAGCCACAUUGCUGCACUGCACCUAAAACCAGGCGGACUGUUGACGUUGGCCGGUGCUAAAGCCGCCCAGUCGGGCACUGGAGGCAUGAUAGGCUACGGCAUGGCCAAGGCCGCCGUCCACCAGCUGUGUCAGAGCCUGGCAGCAAAAAACAGUGGCAUGCCCUCUGGAGCCGCUGCUGUUGCCAUUCUACCCGUUACCUUGGAUACGGCGAUGAACAGGAAGUUCAUGCCUGACGCAGAUUUCGGCUCCUGGACGCCGCUGGAGUACAUCGCAGAAACGUUCUUCAGCUGGGCCACCGGCGACGACCGUCCGGCGUCAGGAAGCCUGAUGCAGCUGCUUACGUCUGGGGGCGAAACCAAAGCCGUGGCCGCUCAGUAGAGGACAGAGCCGAGCUGAGGAGACGGCCGUGGGGGUCGGUAGGGGGGAGGCGAGAUAAAGAUGGAUGGGAGAUGGGAGGAGUGAUGAGGAUGGUUGGAGGGUGUAGAGGUGAGGAAGAGAAAUGGUGGCAGAGAGGAACUGAAUGAAAUAAGGAGGUGGAGAGGAGUCAGCCAGAUGUGUUUGUUUUGCCAGGGGUGCGGGGGUCUUUGCAAAAAGGCAGCCUCACAGCGCCAUCUAGCUGCAGAUCACUACAGCUGUCUCUCUCCAACAGACAGUGUUAAAUCUCCAGUAGUGCUCUGCUCACCAACGGAGCAUUCAGUCAUAUUCGAAGUACCAGUGAAGUAUAACAGUGUUAGUGCAGAAAAUUAAGAUGUCCUACUUUUCAUCAUGUUUUCAAAGUCCCCAUCCUUCGUACCUACACGUGAGUCCAGUCUGACAUGUGCGAUGUGUAGACCUUUGAGUUUCUACUGUUUCCUGGUCUCUGAAGGUCGUCUGCCGCUGCUGAAAACUUGAAAGAAAGCCGCUGUCUUCUCUCAAACGGACAAUAUGAUGUAGAGUAGAAUGGCCUUAUAUUUUUUCGUCAUAGCUGUCAAAGUGUCCUUGGUGUCUGCAGUGUGAAGAAGGAAGGUGCCCUGUUCUUUUUGUGGGUGUUUUUUUUUUUUUUUAAAUCAUGCGUUGUCACUGUGUCAAAAUUCACAAUAAAGCGAGCAGGAAACAGUCUCA